AUUCGCGUGCGCUGAUUUAAACAUCACAUUAGCCACAUGCUGCGCAUAAAACAUCGUAUUCAAUCUACCGUUCACAGAGGUUCACUAGUUUUAAGGAAUUGCAGAAAAACGUUAGUACCGUAUCGGUACAAUUAAUCUGGCGCGCGAAGACUUAAUAUGAUACGCGCGUGAAAUAAUUAUGUAUCCAACAGCCGAUUCGAAUUCCGUCCUAUUGGCAGUUCUUCUAGUAUUACUGCAUUCCGCCGCUGUGAAAAGCAAAGCAGGUGACGAGCCGUACAGUGACCAUGGCGGUAUGUUUGUACCACUGCCGGAUUUCAACACUGAACUGAUGACGCGUGAUCAGUGCGAGUUACAGUUCACCGCCAACUGCGGCGUGCGGACGGACGUCGGCAACUCAUUCGCAUGCGCCCAAAACCACGGUCUGGCCAUUAACUGCAGCGGAAAAGCGACAAACGAGGAAGUGCACCAAUUAGCACUGGUCCUUUCCAGGCCGCCACUGAAGGCGGUGUCCUUCAGUCUGAACGACGGACCUCAGAUAACCUUCGACAACCUGGCACCCGUCCGCGAGCAGACCGUGGUCUUCCACUUGCGCAACUGUCGUUCCUCGCGCGCCACGAAGAAGCUGGCCCAGCUGUUAAUGCCACAUUUGCUGGAGUUCAGCGUACACGACUGCCGCGCGUUGGACGUACGGCGAGCGGACUUUUGGCCGUCGAGUAAGCUGCGCUCAAUCCAGUUCGCCAACAGCACACUGGAGUCCCUCGAAGCCGGCACUUUCGCUGAUUUGCCCGGAUUGCGACUACUCUCGCUGGAGCGCGGAUUCCGUCAGAUGGAGCUCUUCCCGGAAGACGUGCAAGCGUAUUUGAUGCGGCUGCACUGCGGCGGCGAGUUUGAGCCGUUCCGGCUUUGGUGGGGCGUCAGCGGCUUGUUGCAGCAAGCGACGGAAGGCUCAAUCUAUCGCAUCGAGUACGAUUCGUGGAAGAACGAAGACCUGAGCAAAAACGAUAUCUUUCUGCCCAUUGACUGUGCCGCGACGCCGUUUCCCAACGGUUCGGCUGCUAUCGAUUUUACGAUGGAAGUCUUUUCCGCUAACGAAUGGCUUCAAGCUGAAAAAUUUUGCGAAGACUGCGCAAAUUUGACAGCAACCAAUGAUGCGUUCCCAACAUUUUCCAGCGAGCCAGUGACCGAAACUGAAUGUCAGAUAUUGACGAUUGUCAGAUGUUAUUCAGUACAUCGAAACUUUCACAGCUGCAAAAAUUAUCCAUUUACACCCGCGAAGGUCGAAGGACAACCGGAACCUGACUGUAAUGGCGCAGUACAGAAACGCGAAAUACGAGAGCUGGCCACUGCGAUGGCCAAACAACGGCUCCGACCAACAACGUUGACAAUGAGUCAGCGCUGGAAUAUUACAGCCGCCGACGUGUCACCAGUUCGGCGGACUAUGGUCAACCUCUACGUGUUCGGCUGCACGGACAGCCGAACCACGCAGAUACCUCGCGAGCUGCGGCUAAACAAUCUCCUGUACCUUGAAAUAAUGUCUUGCAGCGACCAGGCUGUGCAACGGAGUGACUUCGAGCGCCUACCGAAAUUGCGCCAGCUAAUGUUUUCCAACACUACGAUGGUUAGUCUGGAAAUGGACGCAUUCAGCGCUCUCCCCGACCUGCGUCUGCUGGUGCCGGAAGGGGAUUUCUUUUAUCGAGCGCUUGUCGAGGGAAGAUUUCCGCAGCGGGCCCGCGACUACGUGUGGCGACUGCACUGCGGCUGCGAGCUCGCAUGGUUCCGGCAGUGGUGGACGAACAACACGCGGCUCUUGCACGGUGUGCAGACAGAAGCGGGUGAAGUAUGGGCCAUUCUGAAUUAUGUCAGAAGCGAUCCGCUGAUGCGAGCGGACGUAUUCCUGCCCAUAGACUGUGCACAACCGUUUCCCCGGGUUGCCGAGAGCAUCAACGUCACGGAGACAGCCUUUUCGCGACACGCAGAGCAGUGUAUUGGACACUGAGAUCAGAUAGGCUACGGAAUGUGUGCUUUAAUCAGCGACGUCUGCUGAUACAUAAUGUGUUCAGUUACUGCUAAACCCUCUGUUUGGUCUCUUGGACUUUGUAGCUGUAGUACUUUGGUGUUGUUUUUCUUAUACUGUAAACUACAGAUGAUGUCUACAGACUACAGAUGAUGUGUGAAAAACUUGGAUCUAAUGCUUAAUGUUUUGAUUAAUUAAGAAUUGUCAUAAUGUUAUUGCGUAGUUUCUUAAUUAGCUGGAUUUGCUUUUGCUCUGUUAAAGUCAUCCGGUCA